AUGAGCCCCACGUUGACGUAGGCAUCCCUCCCCUUCCAUCUGGAUAAAAGCCCGUAAGGGCGCGAGUAGGGAAGAUGAAGAGGUAGGGAUCCUUUGUAUCACUGUGGUCAGGGUCCCCAGGCGAGGCUGGUCAGGAGCCAGCCAAGAGUAGACCCACAUCAGCUUUUCCUUCCUCCAUCAACCUCUCAAAUCCCAAUGAGGUCACUGAAAUGAAAGAGAAUCAGACCAAGAGAGAGGGGGAGGAAGAGGACGACGACGAGGGAGAAGAAACCCAGACGGGAAAAGGCCAUCAGACAAGGUCGCUUUUUCUGGCGAUACAGCAACAGCGAGGAGCGUGGUACUGAAUAUAUCCGCCCGCUCAGCCUGGGGACCGAAGGACUCGCAGAAGCACUUUGUAUUACCACGAAAACAAAGGAGAGGAGAAGAGGAGGGGAGAGAGAGAGAGAGAGAGAGAGAGAGAGAGAAGCUCUGAGCAGUUCCGCUUUAAAUCUCCGGGAAGCAAGGUUCAUCUCCUCCGCCAGGAAAGAAAGGGGAGCCUGAGGGGUCUGGGAGGUUAGAACGGAGCAGGUUUCCUGCGGAGACUUGGGAAGCGGCAGAACUCUGGACAGCGCCUCGCGAGCGGGGCUCCUUGCUCCUGGCUCCUCCAGGUUUCUGGCUGCCUCUUGAAAGCCCUUCUACCGGUGCACUCUCUUCUCCUGGACUCCGACCACCAAACCCAGGAAAAUUCUACGAUUCCUGCCUGAACGUGCCAGGGGGUGGAACGACUCUUUUGCUCUGGCCCAGUCCGGGAAGAGGGUCUCCGGUUCUGGAAAUCUAUUUCUUGUGGAUAAUGCUUCGCUGGUGAAGAAAGAAAAGUUUUGGGGUCUGGUAGGGGGCGGAAGGGGUAAGGAGGAUAGUGGAAGGAAGAAGGUGGAUGGUUGGUUUCCCUCUCUGAUCUGGAAGGAAUGAUGACCGAGGAAGGAUGUGCACCAGCGGCCAGAUUAUUGGGAGCCUCUUGGUGCUCUCUGUGCUGGAGAUAGGGCUGGGGGUAUCCAGCGUGGCCGUGGGGGCGGUCAGCUUCAGCCUGGCCCUCCGAGAGCACAAGCCGCAGCUCGGAGACUCGUCCCCGGUAUGGAGCGGGGUGUGUUUCCUUCUUUGUGGCAUAUGUGGAAUAUUGUGCGCCAAAAAAAAAUCUGGACUUGUCAUGAUCCUUUUCUCUGCCUGCUGCAUCUGUGGACUCAUUGGGGGCAUCCUGAAUGUUCAGUUCCUUCGGGCAGUGACAAAGAAGACCUCUUCCCUCUAUCCUUUACAUCUUGCCUCCAUGUCCCUUGCGUGCAUCGGGAUCGGCGGCUGCACCCUCUCUUCCUGGCUAACUUGUCGACUAGCCAGCUACGAACAGAGGAGGAUGUUCUCGGAGAGGGAGCACUCACUGCACCACUCCCAUGAAAUGGCUGAGAAAGAAAUGACAGACAACAUGAGCAAUGGAGGACCACAACUGAUAUUUAACGGAAGAGUAUAAUCAAUGUUUUAAAGAACUGAACAUUUUUUAGGAUUUUCAUGAGGAAAGGAGAUACCAAAGGAGUAGGGGAUAAAAUUAAAGCAGUUCUUGUAUUUGCUGUUUUCCCUCAUGGGCACCCAGUAUAAUCAUUCUCCCUCAGUUUGCCUCAAUUACUUCUUCAGCUUUUUUUUUUUUUUUUUCUUUUUGCGUGAGAAUCUUCCAGAAAUGUUCUGGUGCAGUAAUUUGAACAGACAUUCCAGAUUGUUCUAAAGACUUUUCAGGAAAAAAAAAAAAAAGGAAUAAACAGAAAGAAAAAUUCAUAUUCUACAAAAACACUAUUUGACUAGCAUGAGUAUUAAAUUUGUAAUGACAUAUUUCAUAUAAAUAAAGUACAAAUAUCAAGAAAUAACAAUAAGUUAUUUAUGUCUUUGUUUUGAAAGACAGUGGCUUCAAGAAUACCACAAUUCAAAACCUCAGUAAUGCCUUGGUGUAAAAACAUUAAAGUUAUUUCCAAUUUGUGAAUGAACUAUAUUUCAUAAUUUAUUUAUAAAUGACUAAAAACCCUAAAGCAUAAAGAAGAAAAUUUUUUUAGAGAGAAACCAUACUAAUCUGUAUGAUAUUUUUGCAUUUUUGCACAAGGGUGAAAAGUUAUAAAUGAAUAUCAUUUAAGGAAAAUAAAUAUGUUUUGAUUAUACUGUGCAGAUUGAUCUGCAUGUUCAUGAAUGAGCCUAAGAAUAAAAUAACACAUGUGUGUAUGUGUGUGUAUAUAUACUGUAAAUAUAGAAAAUAUAUACAGCAUAUAUUUAUAGCAUACAUGAAUGUAAAUAGAUAAUCAAAAAGAAAUUGUAAUGCUGUUGGGGUAUUAUCAGGAUUCUAUUCCCAAAGAGAUGGGAAAGCAAUUUUUCAAGGCUUUUCUAUGCCCACAAAAAUCACGUUUGAUUUCUACUAAAUUUGUUCAUUUUUAUUCUUUUUAUUAUGUCUGCUGUGUGUAAAUAUCAUUGUGACUGAUAUUUAUGGAGUUGAGUGAUCUGAAUAGUGUAGUAUAAAGAUAGAUUACUUAUCUGGCUAUUUUACUAUUAAUGGCAUUUCUGUAAUAACGAUGAUUAAUACUGAUUUAUAAACAUAACAACUUUAAAUCACAUACUUACACAUUUAUUAAUGUAGAUACAAUGACACGUGAUUUUCAUGAUACUUACAUUUCAAACACUUUGCAGCCCAAUUAAAUUAUAUAAAAGGACAGAUGAUGUCUGCGCAAAAGGUAAAGUUAAAAUUUACUUUGCUAGAAUUUAAUUUAGAUAUUUUUAAAAUUUUAUAAUUUAUGAAAAUAAUAUAAACAGACCAUUUUUAAGAAUAUGCAUAUCCAAAGAACCUGAAAGAGUUCUUUGUAGAACGAAAUAAAAAGAUAGGCUUACAUUUAUGUAGUUAGAUUCAGUCCUUCUUUUCCACAGGGAAAUGUUAAAAUAGCCACCUGUGACAAUAUGAAUAGGCAAGAAAAUAGCACGGUCUUUGAAAAUAUUUAUGAGAACACAACCUCUGAUAACAGAUAAAGAAAUCUAAUAUUUCAAAAUAUGUGGUUUUCAUUGUAUUGGAUACUUUCAUUUUUCCCCAAAGCUAAUCAAUUUUCAGGUCAUUUGUAUGAGUUACUUAUUGAACCACAGGUAAAUUCAACCUUUAACACUCAGGAUGAGAACAUGUUAUCAUUUAGAAACAAAAUAUGGGUUUUAAUUAUGAUAACAAAAUAAUAACUCCAGUUAAUGAAAAUCUGAAGGUCUUCUAGUUUUAGAGUAUCGUGAUCAUCACCUACCCUAUUUAAGUUGACUCAUAAAAAAAAUUCUGGCUGUAGAUAGUCAAAUAAAAUAGCUGGGCUAUGGUUGUUUGCUGUAGUGCUUGAAGGCUCCUAACUCAUAUGAAUAACUUCAAUAUCCAGUAGAUUACAGAAGCUGCCCAUAAAUGCAACCUCAAAUAGUGAAUUAACAUUAUCACUAUUCUUUUGAUGCCAUCAACAGGCAUAAGCUUUAUCACUGAAAAUCUAAACUAUAGAUACAGAUAUUUUAUAUAUAUGUGGCUCUACUGAAUUUACUCAAGGAUGUAGUUUUGUACUGAAGGAAUAACCACUGACUCUAGGUGGCAUUUCUUUGUAGACAUAUUUGUAUAAUACAGAGUUCUAAUACAUCAGUAAGAUGUUUUAAUGCCUUUUGAAAUAAUUUAUGAAAUCACCCAUCAAAGGACAAAGUAGGCAUAUCACUGCUUCAAUAUAGACUUAAGAAGAGAUGCAAUCAUGACAGUUACCCAAAUAGGCUACCGUGUAUAUAACCAGACAUAGAUACGUCUUUAAAUGUAGUUCUUUUAACCCAAUAUUUUCAGGGCUCAGUUAUUUAGAGGGAUUUAUUUGGGACGUAGAGUGAUUCUUUCUGAGAUAAUUAGGGGACGUUAGGAAGACAUUGUUCGAGUACUUGAAAAUUCAACUUUCACAAUAAAUUGAUCUAUGAACUAGAAUACUUUAAGUGACUACAUUAUAGUUUUAGUGUGAGCCUACCCUUGGGGGAAAGUAAAUGAAGAAACAAAAUAUGUGACACUAGUGUGGUGGUGUGCUGUAGAAACUAGCUACAAAAAGGUGAAGUUAUUGUAAGCAUAAAAGAAUAAAAGUGGAUUCUGCUUGGAAACUUAAACAUGUGUGUGUUUAAACACACACACACAUCUACAGUUGUUUAGAAGUGGAACAUGGUAUGAUAACUCUAUUGAUGUGUCUAUGUAAUAAAAUGGUGUGCUUUGAAACUGCA